AUGGCUCCUCUGCCUACGGACCUCCCCUUCCGGCUCGUCAGUAAGACGAUUGGACAAGGCGCAUACGCUUCCAUCCGCAAAGCCGUCCCACACAACUCGCCCAAGCCCGUCAUCGCCAUCAAGUUCAUCAACAAAGAACAUGCCCUGCGAACCGGCCGCCUCACGCCGAAACAAAUAAAGAUGGAGAUUGUAUUGCACUCGCAUCUCGGGAAGCACCAUAACAUCAUACACUGCCUGGGCUCUGGAGAGGAUGCGCUGUGGACAUGGAUUGCCAUGGAGUUGGCUGAGGGCGGGGACUUGUUCGAUAAGAUCGAGGCAGACGAGGGCGUGGGCGAGGAUAUUGCGCACUUCUACUUCACCCAAUUGGUGAAUGCUGUGACAUACAUGCACAGUAAGGGCGUCGCGCAUCGCGACAUCAAACCUGAGAACGUGCUAUUGAGCGCCGAGGGAGACCUCAAACUCUCUGACUUUGGAUUGGCAGCACUCUUCAAGAAGGACGGGCAACUACGACUAUGCAAUACCGUCUGUGGCUCGCCGCCUUACAUUGCUCCGGAGAUUGUAUCAGGAAGGCGAAGCAAGAGAGCUGAUAUGCUAGACAGUGGCUAUGCAGCGAAUAUUUGCGACAUCUGGAGUUGUGGUAUUGUUCUCUUCGUUCUCCUUGUCGGCAAUACACCUUGGGACGAGCCGACCAAGCGUUCGGCCGAAUUUAAGGAAUACGUCGAAACCGGAGGGCACACUACCGAUGAGCUCUGGAGCAAAAUCCCUCCUGAACUCACCAGUCUGUUACGUGGUAUGCUGAAAGUCGACCCUAAAGAACGCUUUACCCUCGAUGAAAUACGCACACACCCCUGGUGUACACGCAAGAACCCAUACUUGACAGCGAGUGGACGCAAUGCGAAUCCAGUGGGACUGGCGACACAGAUGUUAUCCCAAUUACGCAUCGAUUUCUCAAGACCGCCGACGCAAUCCCAACGUGGAUGUUCGCAAGAUGUAAAUGAAGAUGGGGAUGCCAUGGACAUCGACACUGAUUCAGAUCCUCGUCGCUCAAGCGCUGUACAUUUCCUUUCUUCAACGCAACCCGAGACUCCAUCUGCGGAAACACCUUUCGACUGGGAGCGACCUCCACGUAUCGCCUCUUACGACGGAAUUUCCGCAUCGCAACCUGUCUCGAUACCCGAUAACCGUCCUAUCAAUACGAGCUCGACGCCUUAUCUAUCCCAACUUCCUUCUUCAACACAAGAUAUGCUCUCUCAAGACCCCUCUAUGACACAAUUCAGCUCCACCCCUGGCGUCCCUCUGACUUUUACUCAAGCAGCCAGGAAGUUCGCCGACAUCCUUCCUUCCUACUCUCUGGCACGUUUCAUCUCUCCCCAUACUCUCGGCCUUCUUAUGCCACUUCUCCUUACCGCUUUGCAUCGGCUAGGUGUCCCUGCACCAUCCUUUAGUGAAGCGCAGAUCGAGGAAGCAGAGACAGCAGGGACAGCUAGUAUACGCGUGAAGAUGGCAGAUGGGCGGAGACAAGGCUUGAAUGGCCAUAUUGUCAUCGAGCAAGCAAUAUAUGAAGGGAGUGCGUAUUGGGAGGUGAGGUUCGUUAAAGCGAGUGGAGAUCCGUUGGAGUGGAGGAGGUUUUUCAAGAACAUGGUGCUUUGCGUGGGCGAUGUGGUAUUGCGGCCCAAUUAG